AUGGGGAAUCAAACCAAGUUCUUCAAUUUUCUCUUCCUGGGACUAUCUGACCAACCAGAGCAGGAACAAUUCCUCUUCAGGCUAUUUCUGGGCAUAUACUUCAUUGGCACACUAGGAAAUUUGCUCACCAUUCUGGCAAUUGUCUUUGACUCUCAUCUCCAUACCCCCAUGUACUUCUUUCUCUCCAAUCUCUCUUUCCUGGAUCUCUGUUUCACCUCAACCACAGUUCCCAAGAUGUUGGUGAAUUAUUUGUUAGGUAGUAAUGCCAUUUCCCAGCCAGAAUGCCUGGCUCAAAUGUAUUUCUUUGUUGCAUUUGGAGCCUCAGAUAGCAUUCUUCUCUCUGCCAUGGCCUAUGACCGCUAUCUGGCUGUCUGCCACCCUUUGCACUAUGGCAUGAUCAUGACCUCCCAUCUUUGCGCUCUGCUGGUUGCUGUGCCUUGGGUUUCUGGUCAUCUCAUUUCAAUGAUACAUACAAUAUUAUUAGCCCAGUUAUCCUUCUGUACAAAUAAUAAAAUACCUCAUUUCUUCUGUGAUAUGAAUACCUUGAUAAAACUCUCAUGUUCUGACACUUAUAUCAAUGAAAUAUUGGUUCUUCUUUUGGGGGGAAUGGUAGUUUUAAUUCCCUUCAUAUGCAUUGUUAUCUCUUACACUCCUAUUGUCUCUGCCAUUUUGAAAGUCUCAUCAUCUCAAGGGAAAUGGAAGGCUUUCUCUACUUGUGGUUCCCAUCUGUCUGUAGUCUCUCUCUUUUAUGGCACCAUUAUUAGUGUAUAUUUUAAUCCCGCAAAUACUCAUACAGUCCAGAAAGACAUGGUAGCAACCGUGAUGUACACAGUUGUGACCCCUACCCUGAAUCCUUUCAUCUAUAGCCUUAGGAAUGAUGAUUUGAAAAGGGCCUUCUGGAAGCUUCUUGGUUUGACAUGUUUCUCCACAAGACGGUGAGAUCAAACAGAAUUGUGGUUCUUACUAUUGUAUAAAAGGGUUCUCUGCC